AUGAACCGCUGUGCUGCCCUGAGAACAAUUGCCACCCGAGGGUUCAGCACCGGGAAUGCUGUAGUGCGGUCCGGACACAACAAGUGGUCCACCAUCAAGCACGACAAGGCCAAGAACGACGCCGAGAGGAACAAGCUGUUCAGCAAAUUUGCCCAGCGGAUCUCGUUAGCAGUGAAAUUAGGCGGAAGCAGCGACCCCAGCCUGAACAUACGGCUCGCGACCGCCAUCGAACUGGCGAGCAAGAACAAUGUGACCAAGAAAGUGAUAGAGAAUGCGAUCAAGAAGGGAUCCGGAGCCAGCGCCGCCGCCAAGGGCGCCGGCAACAUGGAGAUGUGCCUCUACGAGGGAAUGGGCCCCGAAGGCGUGGCUCUUGUCGUGGAAGCCCUCACCGACAACAAGAACCGAACCAUCGGUCUCGUCAGAAGCGCUUUCACCAAGGCCAACGGCUCGAUGACCCCAACGCUGUAUUUCUUCGACAAGCGUGGCUACGUCGUGGCACGCCCUCCUGCGGAACUUCAAGGCGACGACGACCGACUGCUCGAGAAAGUGCUCGAGCUAGACGGCGUACAGGACCUCGAAACCGCAGACGAAGACCCCACUUGCAAGAUCGUCACAGAGACCACCGCAACCAACACCGUGGCUGCUGCACUGAAGCAGCAAGGCUUCGAAGUCGCCGAGCUCGGCAUGGAAUACGCCCCGAAGAAUGACAUGCGGGUCUCCGUUACAGAUCAAGAGGCCCUCCAACGCAUUCGCAAGUUCCUCACAGUGCUCGAGGAGAUUGAAGAGGUUACAGACGUCUACACAAACCUGCAACAGACAUGA